UUAUUUUUUGUCGCAUUUCUUUUUAAUUAAUUUUUUUAACGGCUUUAUAAGGUGCGUCAUCCAUGCAGUGUGGCUCCUUGGACAGCAGCUGCGCAUUCAUGCGCUCUGAGCUUUGCUAGAUUUGCAAUCAUUUUAACGCACAGAGGCAUAUCUGAACAUAUAGAAUUCAUAGACGGAGUUUCCUCCACCUGAAAAUCAAAAAUCAACAUAAGUCAGAGUUUUUUUUUCUAACAGGAUGUCCUCUGUAACUGCUGAGUCACCUGAAGUCAGUGAAGCAUCAGCAUUCACAGAAGAUGCUGAACCACUGAGGAUCAUUCUACUGGGCAGGACAGGCACGGGCAGAAGCUCUUCAGGGAACACCAUCCUGGGCAGAUCUGCAUUCUGGGUGGAGGCUUCUCCUCGCUCCAUCACCUUGAGGUGCAGAAGACAGACUGGGGAAGCAGGUGGGCGAACUGUGUCCGUCAUCGACACCCCUGGGUUCCUCCACACUCACCUGUCUCCUGAAGAAGUGAUGUCAGAGGUGGGCCUGUGCGUCUCCCUGUACCCUCCAGGACCUCACGUCUUCUUGGUGACUCUGCAGGUUGGAAGGUUUACUCAGCAGGAAAUAGAGACCUUUGAAUGGAUAAAGUCCAGGUUUGGGCCGGAAGUCUUCAGGUUCACCGUUGUGCUGUUCACUUGGGGGGACCAUCUGCAGGGAAAAAGUAUUGAGGACUUCCUGGAGGAGAGUCAGGAGCUCCAGGAGUUUGUGAACAGCUGCUAUGGAGGGUACCACAUCUUUGAUAAUAGUGAGACAAUGGAUGCCUCUCAAGUCACUAAGCUUUUGAAGAAGAUAGACAAAGUUGUGGCGGAGACUGAAGGUUUCUACAACAUUGAGAUGUUUAAUGAAGCUGAGAGGACCUUAAAGGAUGCACAGGUGAAAAUCCUGGGAGGACGACACAGAGUGGCGUCAUCUCCAAAAACAGAUGAGCACGACGCAGACUAUGAGAAGAGGAAAAAAGAGGAAGAGGAGGCUAGGAAGAGAGAGGAGCGGCUCUUCUGGUGUGAGCUGGUGUCCGCGCUAGGAAGAGGUGCUGCGGAGGGGGCGGGGUUAACAGGGAAGGACAAAGGAAAGGCGGGAAAGAAGGUGAAGGUGAUGGAGAAGGCAGCAGCUCUGGCUGCAUCCCCGCUUUCCAUCAAGUCUGCAGCCAAGGUGGUGGGAGGAGCAGUGAGAGAAGGAAGUAAAGUGAUAGUAAAGCACAAAAAAACCUUUUUGCACUGAUACCUUCCAGAGAACAAACUUCACAACACAUGUGGAAGAAAAAAAUAACUUGACAGUUUUUUUUAUUUAGUUUUAACACAGAGUCUACAAAUCUGUACAUCAGCACUUUAAAGAGAAUGCUGUGAAAAUACAACAGACUUGUGUGCGAGAUUUGCACGAAGAUGAAUCUGCUUCAGAUCCCAGAAAAAAAAAAA